UCGCACUCUCACUAGAUUUUUUUGGUAAAAAAGAGAGAAAAAAAAUGGAUCUAAAAAUGGUUGUAAAAGAAGAAUUGAAAAAAGGAUGGGAAGCAACAAGUCAACUACGAAGCUUACUUAGUCAACCAGAUCAACUAAUUAGUGAGGGAGAAACAAGUCAAUUCAAUGAUGAAACAAAAAUGGUAUGUAUGAAAAACUAUUCUACCGCCAUUGUUAAUUCAUUUGAUACUUCUAUUUCCAUCUUAAAUAAGAUUGUUCGAUCUAUGGAAAUGGAUGCAUCAUUUGUUCAACAAACAAGUCAACAACCCAAGACAAGGUUACGAACAAUUGAUACUCCAAAUCUUACACCAGAUGGCUAUAUUUGGAGAAAAUAUGGGAAGAAGUCAAUUCUCAACACAAAUCACCCCAGGGAAUACUAUAGGUGUGCAUACACUGAAGAUCAGAAUUGCCACGCGACCAAACAAGUCCAAAAAAUAUCGGAUAAUCUAACAAAUUAUAGGAUCACUUACUACGCCGAACAUACAUGCCAACCUCACCUCUACAACAACAAUAACGCAAAUUGUACCAAUUUCAUAAGUUUUAAAUCCAAAAACCCUACUAUUCACCCCAAGCAGGAAAUAUUGGACUAUAACGUUGCCCUAAAUGCAUCAUCUUCAAUGGCUACAAUUGAUUAUCCGGCUUCCAAACCCGUUGAUUCGGUGACAAUAAUGGAGCCAUUGCUAGCUGAUGAAAUUGUUUGUCUCAACCAUGACGUGUUAUUUUCACCAAGAUUAUUCACGAGUCCAAAUUACUUGUCUAGCUCUAAUUUGGAGGCAGGAGACUACAGUUUGAUGGCCGACGAUUCUUUGGAUAUGAGUGCAGUUUUGAUGGAUCUCCCUCUUUGGGAUUAA